AUGGGGACUCGCGACGCAACAGUGUAUGUGACCGAAGAAGGGCGCGAGAUGUCGACGGUAGAGCGAGCAGUUAAAGAUGUGCCGUGUCCGCCUUCGAAGCCGCCACUGGACGAGGAAUUGUUUGACGAGACGGGCAAACGGCCGCGGUUGGAGUUUCUGCGCCAGUUUCUGUUUGACGAGGGCCGUUUGACUGAGAAGCAGGCAAUGUAUAUUAUCCGCAAAGGCACAAAACUGUUCAGGAAAGAGCCCAAUGUGCUGCAUGUUCCGGCUCCGGUCACUGUCUGUGGCGAUAUCCACGGCCAGUACUACGACCUCAUGAAGCUGUUUGAGGUUGGGGGGGAUCCUGCGCAAACCCGAUAUCUAUUUAUGGGAGACUAUGUGGACCGCGGAUACUUUAGCAUUGAGUGCGUGCUGUAUCUGUGGUCUCUCAAGAUCUGGUAUCCGGACACGAUGUUUUUCCUUCGGGGCAAUCACGAGUGCCGGCACCUCACCAACUACUUCACAUUCCGCAAGGAGUGCGAGCACAAAUACUCAACAAGGAUAUACGACGCAUGUAUGGAGUCGUUUGAUGCCCUGCCACUGGCCGCUAUCAUGAACAAGCAGUUUCUUUGUGUUCACGGUGGUCUGUCACCUGACUUACGGACUAUCGAAGACAUUGAGAAAAUCAAUCGCUUCCAGGAGCCCCCGACCAGAGGGCUCAUGUGUGAUUUAUUAUGGAGUGACCCUCACGAAGACUUUGGGUCUGAGCCCGACGUUGUGGCUACUAGUAAAUAUGUGCACAAUAGCGUGCGGGGGUGCUCAUACUUUUACACCUAUCAGGCUACGUGUGAUUUUCUGAAAAGGAACAAUCUGCUGAGCGUCAUUCGAGCACAUGAGGCGCAAGAUGCAGGCUACCGGACAUACAAAAAGACCGAAUCGACGGGGUUCCCGUCGCUGAUGACGAUUUUCAGUGCCCCCAACUACUUGGACGCUUACAACAACAAAGCAGCCAUUCUCAAGUACGAGUCCAACGUGCUGAACAUUCGCCAGUUCAAUGCAUCCCCGCACCCUUACUGGCUUCCGAACUUUAUUGAUGUGUUUACAUGGUCCUUGCCAUUUGUCGGAGAAAAGGUGUCGGAGAUGCUCAUGGCGAUUUUGAACUUGUGCUCUGAAGAGGAGCUCGACAAGGACAGCGACCCCAAGAAAAGUGAAAAAGUGCUUGCAUCCUCGUCGCUGCACAAAGAAAAGUCAGAAGAGCCACCCAAACCGAUGGCUGCGUCCGACGCGCCCGAGGACGAGAAGUUCAGCAAACUCCGCAACAAGAUCUUGGCAAUUGGCCGCCUGUCGCGUAUGUUCAGCGUGCUACGCGAAGAGGCCGAGUCGAUUUCCGAGUUCAAGCUCAGCAGUGGCCACAGUUUGCCCAAGGGCACGCUCAUGUUCGGGUCUGCUGGGGUGCAGGGAGCCAUUUCGUCGUUCGAUGAAGCCCGCAAGGCCGAUAUGGAAAACGAGGGCCUGCCGCCGACUGCGGAGGAGCAAGAAACGCGCAUUGAAAUUGCUCGAAGAGACAGUGUAAAGAGAGUGACUCAAGACAGAGUGUUUGAGGAGCAACUUGAGCGGAUAGCCGAUAAGUUAGCCCGGUAA